AGCAUGAGCUAUCCGAAAUCUCCACUGCAUAUAUUAAAAGUUUAAGAGACUGAUCCAGAUCUAUGGAACCAGUAACCCAGGAGGAUCUUUCAAGUGUGAUCAAUCUUGUAAAAGAUCCUGUGCUACUUGCACUUCAACUCCCAGGAUUUGAAGAUGAACGUAUAGCUAUUGUAAAUUGGGAAAGGGAUAGUAAGAAUGAUCGAUAUGAAUUUGCUAGAGUCGUAGCUCGGGUUUGGGUCCACAAGAAAAAAGAGAAAGCAACAUGGGAAAACUUGAUUAAAGCACUUCGAUCGGAGUCUGUAGAUGAAUCAGUACUUGCUCAGGAAGUACAAGAUCGCUUUGUCCUCCGAAGAGGCUCCACUACAUCUACAAGGUCCUCACUUGCAAGUUCUUUUACGUCCUCAUUUACUGGUUCUGUGUUUGGUAGCUCUGGAAAUGCAGAUUCGCUCACUCUUGCUGAUGCGGAGUUAGUGUCGCACACUAAAGACUGUAAUAAGACACGGAUCAUGCGGCAAUUUUCAAUGCUGACUACAAAAAUUGCGAAACAACUCCAGUCUCUCAAUGUCAGUGUCAAGGAAGCCCGAGAUCACAUGGACCCUUUAAUUGAUAGAUCCCAAAACUUUUAUUCAAGAACAAGCAGGUGUCGAAGGUUUAAUGAUCUUUUUCGACUAAUGAGUGGCACACCCAAGUAUGAACCGCUAUGGACCUACGAUCAUUACAGUCUUGUUAAGGAUCUCGUCACUUUGGUAGACGUUGACAAAGAUUCUAAGGACGAAAUGAAGUCGUUAGUACAAGACUAUAUUUCUGAUCUUAAUGGAUACAGGGUGACAAAAAAACUUGCUUCUAUACUACCCUACCACUUGAGUCAAGAAUAUCCUGAGCUUGUACACUCAGGAGAAUAUGAGCAGGACUUUUGUAAAGAUCUCGGAAAAAAGCUUGAGUGCCGCAUAAGGAUCACCAAUGAAUCAUUACAAUACGUUGCAAAUCUCUGGUCUGACAUUCAAAAGGAAUUCACUAUUCCGUCUCUAACAGCGCUCCUCUAUCAGAUUACCCGUGGGUCUGUAAUUAUCACAUGGCUAAUUCAGCCAAGCUGGGCAUGCUGCAUACUGAGAGAAAUACUCACUUCUGUCCCAUUCUUUCAAGAUCAUCUUAUAAUGAAAGUGGUCCUCGAUGAAGAAUGUAUUUAUGAUGAGCAGAGUGGGAUUGCCGACAACCAGGUUAUCUGCUCUCUGUGGUUGAAGGAAGCUAGCUUGAGCGGUCGAAUUGCAAAAUUUCAAGAAGCCUUUUCCCAGCCAGCAGUCAACAUUAAUUCAACCAUAACCAACGAUGGAGCCACAGCUCUCACCAUAGCCUCGCAGUGUGGUCAUGUGGAACUAGUGGAGUUCCUCCUGAGCAAUGGGGCUGACACCACUACUCAAUUGAUCAAUGGGCAAACAGCUCUACAUCUUGCUGCAAGUGAAGGGUUCACUGAUGUAGCUUCCUUACUACAUAGAAAGAACAGUGAGCUAAUGGGAAUACUUGAUGACAACGACUACUCAGCUUUGAUGGAGGCAGCUGCUCAUGACCAUGUUGAUGUCAUUCGUGUACUAGUGUCCCAGCAGGAUGAUCUAGGAGACACAGAAAUCCCUACCUUGAAUGAGGCUUUCCAUCUUGCUUUGAUGAAAGGGCACGCUGACUCUGUUGAGAUUCUUCAGAAACGCGGGGCUACCACUUUGAACACUGCUGAGGAGGGGGGAAAUCCACUGGUGGUAGCGGCUGGUGCUGGGCACAAAGAUGUACCUGAUGAAGUGAAGAGUAAAGAAGACAUCAGUGAUGAACCUGUGAAAAGUACACCUUCCGCUAAAAAACAGAGUACUGGCAUCCUAUCCAAAUUUGUUAGAAAAAUCAAAGAAAAGAGCCUUUUUAAAAAGAAGACAAUCUCGGAUAAGUUACUGGCAGAAUGUCGCAGUGAGACAGCUGACAUUGAAGUGGUGAGAGGCUACCUGGAGCAAGAAGACUGUGACGCCAAUAUCAGAGAUGUUGACCGCCAGUGGAGUCCAUUGAUGUGGGCUCUUGAUAAAAAACACUUUGAGAUAACCAAACUGCUCCUGAAAUACCACCCUCAAGUUCAUAUUCAGGACAAGAAAGAGUGGUCUCCAUUGGUGCUGGCCAGUAGAGCAGGAGACCUGGAGAUAGUGCAGGGAAUAGUGGCACUGGGAGCAGAGAUUGACCUGCCCACAAAUAGAAAAUGGACUCCUCUGAUGUGGGCUGCUCAAGAGGGUCAUGCAGAGGUGGCUAGAUUUCUACUGGACAAGGGAGCAUUUGUGGAUUUUCCUGAUGAGAAUGGGUGGACUCCAGUCAUGCAAGCCAGUCGGGGAGGUCAUGUGGAUGUGAUCAAUAUCUUGCUGGACCACAACGCUAAAGUCAACCAUCAAACUGAAACAACCUGGUGUGCUCUGAUGGCGGCUGCUAAGAAAAAGCACAGUGAUGCGGUGGACACACUUCUGGAGAGAGGAGCUCAAGUGGACAUACAGAGAUAUGAUGGGUCCACCACACUGCAUGUUGCAAGCUAUUACAAAGGCAACUCUGCUGUCAUGAAGACCUUAUUCAAACAUGGAGCAAAUGUCGAUCACCUAAAUAAGGAUGGCAUGACUGCUCUGAUGCUGGCCACUAACAAGGGUCACCUGGGUGUAGUGCAGGACCUCAUCCAGGGAGGAGCAGACACUAACAAACAACACCCUGAGACGGGAUGGACUCCCAUUUUCUUUGCUGCCAAAAGUGGGAAAAUUGACAUUUUCAAGGAAUUACUUUAUAAUGGAGCAAGAACUGAAAUCGAGGGAAGGAAUGUGGUUGAUGUUGCAAGCAUGUUCAAACGUGGAAAAAUGCUUUCUGAGCUCAAAACAUUUGAGCAAGCACCACACAGAAUUAUCUCCAGUAGUGUGAACCCACCAAGUUUAGAGGCAGAUGAGCCAACUCCAGUAGAACAAGAACCAUCCAUAACUGAACCAAAGGUUGAGAUAUCACCUGAGGAGGUCACUAAACCAGAGCAAAAGUUGGCUGAGGACUCCACAGAAGAGGUGAUAAUAGAGCCUCCACAGCUGCCUGACCCUGAGGCAGUGAAGCCUUCACUCUCCACCACUGAGGCUAAGAAGAAAGAAGUGCCUACUGUUGAAACUGUUGUGCAGGCUAUAGCUAAGGAAAAAGAAGUGGCUGCUGUUGAAACUGUUGCGGAACAAGUAACGAAAGAGAUGUCUCAACUAAGUAUAAAAACCAUGAAGGAGCAAAUCAAGAAGUCAUCAGAAGCCAAGAAAGACAUUAAAAGGCAGGCAGAGAUUAUUGACCUGCUACUGAAAGGAUUCGAUCAAAGAAUGGCAAACCCACGCAGCAACAUGUAUCAGUAUAAGCAAACCAACAUUGCUGAUGUCAUUGGAGGAAGGAAAGGAGUGAAAUCCUCUGAAGAGAUUACUCACAAACUAAAGGCACCGGAAAUUACUGAACCGCUUAGUGGAAGUAUUACAACCACCACCACCACCACUCAGAGUGGCUUCAUUAGGGUAGACGCUGCCGAUGAACUCUAUAUAAUAUAGUUAGCUGCAUUGUUCAAUUUACAUUAUUUUUGUGUGUCUGUUAUAAUAGAUCUAGAUCUACCACAACAA